CUUUAGCAAUGAGUUCUCGGAAAUGGCUUCCUAAUUUCAUAUUGCUAAUCUGUCUGAUAAACCUUGUUGUUAGUGUCAAAUCCGAGUUCCCAACAACAAUUCAUUUCAAUUAUAAAUGUCUAGAUAAUGGUAAUUACACAAGUAGUAGCACGUACAAGACAAACCUUGAUACCCUCCUCUCCACUGUCUCGCCUAAUAUAGACAACAAUGGAUUCUACAAUGCUUCAACUGGAGAAAAUUCCGAUAGAGUCAAUGUCAUUGCGCUCUGUAGAGCAGAUCUUCAGCCUUAUCAAUGCCAUGAUUAUGUCAAAAACGCUACGGUUGAAAUCUUAAAGAAGUGUCCAAAUCAAAAACAGGCAUUUUUGUGGCACGAAUUUUGUAUGGUACGAUACUCCAACGAGACUAUCUUCAGAACUCCAGCAUAUGAUCCUUUUGACUUUGGUUAUAGUGAGGAAAAAGUCACAAAUCUAGACAAGUUUUACCAGGAGCUUAACAUAUUGUUGGAUAGUCUUCGAAACCAGACCGCCUAUAAUAGCUCCCCCAAGAAAUUUGCUGCAGCUAGUCGAGUUAACCGGGAUUAUGAGACAACUUAUGCAUUUGAGCAGUGCACGCCUGAUAUUACACCAAAGGAAUGCGAUGAUUGCUUAAAAAAAUCUCUUUUACGCAUUCGAGAAUGUUGUGAUGAGGCAGGUGGAGUUAGAAUCCUUAGGCCCAGUUGCUAUCUUCGCUUUGAAACUGAUUUUCCCUUCUACAAUGAGACUAUGGUUGAAAUACUCCAGACAACAGCAUCACCAAUGCCGCCGCCGUCGCUGUCGCCACCACAACCACCACCAGGAAAGGACGAUAAUACAACUCGAAAUGUCAUCAUUGUUAUCGUUCCCAUUGUUGUUUGCCUAAUACUUGGUCUUUGCAUUGGCAUCAUCCUAAGAACCAAAAAAACACGUAAGCCAUUGGAGAAAAUUGAAACUGACAAUGAGACUAGUACUAUUGAAUCCCUACAAUAUGACUUUAGUACAAUAAGAGCUGCAACGGAAAAUUUCUCUGAUGCUAACAAGUUGGGACAAGGUGGAUUUGGUGGUGUUUACAAGGGGAAAAUGCCAAAAGGAAUUGAAAUCGCAGUGAAAAGAUUGUCCAGAGAUCUAGGACAAGGGGACUUGGAAUUUAAGAACGAGGUCUUGUUAUUAACAAGACUUCAACACAGGAAUUUGGUUAGGCUCUUGGGUUUCUCGGUUGAAGGAAGUGAAAGGCUUCUUAUUUACGAAUGGGUUCAGAAUGGGAGUCUUGACCGCUUCAUAUUCGAUCCCAACAUGCAUCCAUAUUUGGAUUGGGGAAAGCGUUAUAUAAUCAUAGGGGGUGUUGCUAAGGGACUUCUUUAUCUACAUGAAGAUUCUCGGCUCCAGAUCAUUCACCGUGACCUCAAAGCUAGCAAUGUUCUUUUAGAUGGAGAGAUGAAACCAAAAAUUUCAGAUUUUGGCAUGGCAAGAUUGUUUGUCCCAGAAGAAACUCAACACAGCACUAGCAGAAUUGUAGGAACCUAUGGAUAUAUGGCACCUGAGUAUGUAAUGCAUGGACAAUUCUCUGUUAAAUCAGAUGUCUUCAGCUUUGGCGUCCUAGUUCUUGAAAUCAUAUGCGGUCAGAAAACCAAUAAUUUUAGAAAUAGAGAGAGCAUGGAUGACCUCCUAAGUUGUGUCUGGAAAAAUUGGCAUGAAGGAACAGCUGCAAAUAUAAUAGAUCCUGUCUUGAGAGCUUCUUUAAAUUCGUUGCGUGAUAUUUUGCGAUGCAUCCACAUUGGCUUGCUUUGUGUUCAAGAGAAUUCAACCAAUCGACCCACAAUGGCAUCGGUGGUUCUCAUGCUCUCUAGCUCCUCCUUAACUUUGUCGGUACCUCUACAACCUGCAUUUUUCUUGCCUGGUAGCUUUGAUCUAGAAAUUUCACUUCCUUGUGAGAACGGUUCAUCCAAUGAUCAAUCAAACAAUAAUGCUCAUUUAUCAACAAAUGAUGUUUCAAUGAGUGAGUUAUACCCGCGUUAACUUCUACGAAUAUGCAUAUUCAUUGUUACAGUCACUUUUGCUCUCAUUAACACAUAAUUACCCACCAAGCGAACUUGUGUUCUUCGUUCAUGAUUUGUAUAUUGUUUAUGAUAGUGAUAUCCCCAUUGUGAAUAACACAAUUUCUACAUGUUAUAUUAUUUAUAGAUCUGAUCAGUUCCAUGUU